ACAUAUCUCAAUCCACAGGCCUAUUAUCGCUCACUCCUCCUUCUCUUAUGCUCUCAAUUCCAGUAGCGUUUCAUUUACUGAAAAGAGCUCUCAUGACUGAAUCGAUGGCAGACAAGGUAUGUAGAUCAUUCUUUACGCGAAGUUGUCAUUCGACGAUUAUUAUUAUUUUAUCAAUAUUUUUCAAUUUUUAAUUUUUGCUUUCUUAAAGACUACUGAGUAACACGUGUAAAAUAUAAGAUCUAUGUAGUAAAAGGUUUGAUCAGGUGAAGAAUUAGGUUGUUCGUAUAACUCUGUGUAAAUAACUAAUGGAAAGGGAUACUGAGUUGAAAAAAUUGACUCAGACAUCAUACAGACAAAUAUAUUUUAUCACAAAUCGAUUAUUCAUUAAUUGAAGGUUACUAUAUCUGCUCAUGAAUAUUCAAACUAAAUACUGCAUAGCUUGAUACUACUCGAUCCAUAUUAUAAAAAGUCAAACAUUAGUACGAUUCGUCAAAGUAUUUUCAUACUUAUUCAGCCUUUUAGUAGACCACUUCCUUUUUUUGACAUUUCCUGUGGAAAAUGACUAUAGAAUCGGUAAGUUUAGUGAUAUUUAUUUUAAAAAAACACACAUGUAUUAAAUUGAUAAACAGUUGUUUUAACAAAUAACUAGCUUUAUUGUUGUAAUUGUUACUUUAAACGAUAGAUUUUAACAUCUUGGAACAAACUAUAAAAAAUUAGCUUACCAUAUAAAUUUAUAUAUAUGUAUAAAGUAUGGAAAUCUGAUAUGGAAACAUUUCUAUUUGUCCGGAAUCGCUUUUAGUGUAUUAUUGUAGUUUAUUACUUAAAAUGGGACUAAUUAGUGCAAAUCUUUUAUCCAGAUCAUGUAAUGUGAGUUGAAUUAGGAAUUUAUCGCAAAUAAUGAUUGACAAUAUAAUCAAGCCACUUCUAUUGGAGGAUGAGACCUAUACGAAGAUAGGCAGGCUUCUUGAACAAGAAAUGGCAAAAGGAUUAUCCAAAACAACUAAUCCUUCCGCAAAGGUUAAAAUGCUCCCUACUUACGUAAGAGCAUUACCCAAUGGGUUAGAGGAAGGAAAUUUCUUGGCUUUGGAUUUAGGUGGAACCAAUUUUAGAGUUUUGCUUAUAUCUUUGAGCAAAGAAAGUGGAGUUAGAAUGGAAAACAAAAUCUAUCCUGUUCCAGAAAAAAUAAUGACAGGAACUGGCAAAGAACUUUUUGACCAUAUUGCUUAUUGUAUAUCUGACUUUAUACAUGAGCAUAACAUUCAGGGGCAGCAUCUACCUUUGGGCUUUACUUUCUCUUUCCCAUGCAAACAAGAAAGUUUAUCUGUAGGACGCCUUAUCUCAUGGACAAAAGGUUUCAGCUGCUCUGAUGUAGAGGGAGAAAAUGUUGUAGAUCUUCUCCAUGCAGCUAUCAAAAGGAGAAAUGAUAUCAGCGUUGAAUGCGUUGCAAUUCUUAAUGAUACUGUUGGUUGUCUAAUGUCUUGUGCUUAUUUGGAUCACGAUGCUGAAAUAGGCGUUAUUCUUGGUACAGGUACAAAUGCCUGUUACAUGGAAAAGUUAGAUAAAGUAGAAUUAUGGGAUCAGGAUAAGGCUGAACCUAGUCAAGUUGUCAUCAAUACAGAAUGGGGAGCAUUUGGGGACGAUGGUUGUCUGGACUUUAUCCGUACUGACUAUGACUUUCAAAUUGAUGAACGGUCAUUAAAUAGGGGUCGACAGCUGUUCGAAAAAAUGAUAUCCGGAAUGUACAUGGGUGAAAUUGUACGCUUGGUUGUUGUUGAAUGUGUGCGUACGAGUCUCAUGUUUUCUGGAGUUUUAGGACGUUUUAAAGAAAGAGAUUGUUUCAAGACGAAGUACGUCUCAGCUGUUGAGAAAGAUCAUGGCAGAGGAUCAUUUGAAAAUACAAAAAGAAUUAUUGAACAAAUGGGCAUAAAGGAAUUCACUGAUAGUGAUUGUAGCGCCCUCUUUCGCAUUUGCCAGGCUGUCUCUAUUAGAGCGGCCAAGUUGUCUUCCGCUGCAAUCGUAACAUUAAUGAAUCGAAUAAAUAGGCCGAAUAUCACAGUAGCCGUCGAUGGCAGUUUAUUUCGCUUUCAUCCAAGAUUUGAGGGUGUAAUGAAAGAAACUAUUGCCGAAAUGUAUAAUUUUGGGCAUCAAUUCAAAUUAAUGCUAUCGGAAGACGGUAGUGGUAAAGGAGCCGCUUUGGUCGCAGCAGUUGCUCACCGACUAAAAAAUAACUGA